AUUGAUGUGUUGCAGGUGUCUCUAAACCCAGUGCGCAUUCUGAAGAAUGAGGCGAACGAGGAGAAGGGUGAGACGGCGCGAAUGUCGUCGUUCAUCGGGGCGAUCGCGAUCGGCGACCUCGUGAAGAGCACACUAGGCCCCAAGGGCAUGGACAAGAUCCUGGUGGCCACGGGGCGCAACGAGGGCGCAGUCGAGGUCACCAACGACGGAGCCACCAUCUUGAAAGCUAUCGGAGUCGACAAUCCGGCCGCCAAGAUAUUGGUCGAUAUGUCCCGGGUGCAGGAUGAUGAGGUGGGGGAUGGAACAACUUCUGUCACUGUCUUGGCCUCCGAGCUGUUGAGAGAAGCUGAAAAGCUGAUUGAGCAGAAAAUCCAUCCGCAGAUCAUUAUUUCCGGGUGGAGACGAGCCACUGAAGUAGCGAGAGAAGCCCUCGAAAAAGCAUCUCUGGAUCACAGUGGCGACGAGGCUUCAUUCCGUGAAGACCUGAUGAACAUAGCCCGCACAACGCUGAGCUCGAAGAUCCUGUCUCAGUACAAGGAACACUUCUCCAAGUUGGCCGUGGACGCAGUGCUGCGAUUGAAGGGAUCCGGCAACCUGUCCGCCAUUCAGAUCAUUCGCAAGAAGGGAGGUGCCUUGUUCGACUCGUUCCUCGAUGAUGGUUUCCUUCUGGACAAGAAAAUCGGCCAACACCAGCCGAAACGCAUCGAGAACGCAAAGAUCCUGAUCGCCAACACACCGAUGGACACCGACAAGAUCAAAGUGUUCGGUUCGCGCGUGCGCGUCGACUCGAUGGCCAAGAUCGCCGAACUGGAGGUGGCCGAGAAGGAGAAGAUGAAGGACAAAGUCGAGAAGAUCAUCAAGCACGAGUGCAAUGUCUUCAUCAACAGACAGCUGAUCUACAACUACCCGGAACAGCUGUUCGCGGACGCAGGAGUGAUGGCUAUUGAGCAUGCGGACUUUGACGGCAUCGAGCGAUUGGCACUGGUCACCGGAGGGGAGAUCGUCUCCACCUUCGACCAGCCCGGCAAGGUCAAACUGGGUCGCUGUCAAGUCAUCGAAGAGGUGAUGAUUGGCGAAGACACCCUGUUGAGAUUUGGCGGAGUGCCGCUGGGCGAGGCUUGCUCGAUUGUGAUCAGAGGAGCCACUCAGCAGAUUGUCGACGAGGCCGACCGAUCGCUGCACGAUGCACUCUGUGUGCUCGCCGCUACUGUUAGGGAGACCAGGGUCGUCUAUGGUGGAGGUUGCAGCGAGAUGCUGAUGGCCUGCGCCGUAAUGGAGGAGGCGGCGAAGACGGCCGGCAAAGAGGCGGUUGCCAUGGAGGCGUUUGCCAAGGCACUGAUGCAGCUGCCCACCACAAUCGCUGACAACGCAGGUUACGACUCGGCACAACUCGUCAGCGAACUCAGAGCCGCCCAUGUCAAGGGUGGCAACACCUCUGGAUUGGACAUGGAUGAAGGCAAGAUCGGCUGCAUGAAGGAGCAUGGAGUGACAGAGUCGUAUGUGGUGAAGCGACAGGUGCUGCUAUCUGCCUCCGAGGCGGCCGAGAUGAUCCUCCGGGUGGACAGUAUCAUCAGGGCAGCGCCCAGGAAGCGGGUCCAGGAUCGUGGACACUGCUAGAGUCCAGGAAUUGUGUCCAGGAUCUGGGACACUGCUAGGGUCCAGCAAAAGUGUCCACACUCGAAGCUCAGGAACGUGAAACAAUUCUUCUAUAUUUUUAUCGACUGUUACUAAACAAUACUGCUUCUCUAUUGUUACGUCAACUGUCGAAACCAGACCACUGUGCUUUAUUUUGCUAACAAGUGUAGCUAUUAGUUGGAUGAAUUCGUUCAUCAAUUGAAAUUCAUUCAUUUGUUCUUUUGUUGAAUGGGUGGAUUCAUUCGUUGGUUCAGUUGAAAGAUUCAACGAAUUCAAUCGUUUGGUUGAAUGGAUGAACUUAUAUGUUCGUUUUACUGAAUGAAUGAAUUUAGAUGCUCGUUCUAUUGAAUGGGUGGAUGGGUUCAUUGGUUCAGUUGAAAGAUGGAAUAAAUAAACUAAUUUGUUCGUUUCACAAAUUUAUUUAUAUGCUUGUUCUAUUGAAUGGACGAAUGAAUUCAUUGGUUCAGUUGGAAGAUCGAAUAAAUUUAUUGAAUCAGUUUAUAGGUGGAAUGAACUCAUUCAUAAGUUUAGUAUUUCAUACCACAUUAAUUCACACAAACUCUAAUCGGUAUUAAUAUGGGGAAUAAUUUUGUUUUUAUUCCUCAACACUUUAUGUUCACUUGUUGAUCAAAUCAUUCUUAUUUGUAACAAUAUCACCUUAUUGUAACAAUUUAUGACGUUUUUAUAUUAAACGUUGAAUUAAUAACAA